UACUGGGCGAGUUACAGUGUGGUCUCACAACUAGGGUUUACCAUGGGAUGGGUUGGCGUGAGUUGUUUUGGAAAUGUGUCCGGCAGUUGUGCCGUGUGCUACGGCGGAUGAGGAGUCCGGUAGCGGUUUAAAACUUGGGACCCAUGUGGAUUACCUCUUUGUGUUACUCGGCAUAAGAAAACUGAUUUUAGAAAUGUUUUCUUUCAAAUGAACCCCUGCAUAAAAUGUUGCUUUCCGCAAAUCAACCCUAACAUUAUCCAACAAUAGAAGAGAUUUGGAAUCAAAUCUGCUCUGGCAUGGAUACCAUAUCCAUAGGCCUAAAUGUUGGCCUAGAUGUUGAGAAACUCAAGAACAGCAGCAGGCCAAAUAAAUACGAAGUCAAGCUCAUUUUGGGAAAGGUAAUGAAAAAGGAUAUGCCAAAAAGAGGAGAUAUCAUGUUAUUGUCAAAGAGGGGAUUGAAACUCAAGCGACCAAAUUAUCAAGGCUGGCAUCAAUCCACAUCCUAGUGGUUACCUUGGUCAACGACCAUGCAGAGGACUAUCCAGCAUCAAUGCAUGUCUGGCUGUCGCAGUCACCAUAUGGGGGCAGUCCAAAUGACCAAACUUCCUACCAAGUUAUGCACCUGACUAAUCUGAUCACUUUUGCACAUAGUUGGGAAGUCAUUACAGGAGGUUUCAAAGAAAAUCCACAUAUAGUCGAUGCCAUGUUGGCUAGAAAUGAGAAUGUGGACAAUAUGCUGCAGGCUGAUGGAAAAUUCACAGAUAAGGAUUUUGGAUUGAAUAAAUCACGGAGAGAUGCAGUGGAAAGUUGCUUUUCAGCCUCUGAAUGUUCAAAGCAUUCUGUACGUCUAAUUUGGGGGCCACCUGGCACAGGUAAAACUAAAACAGCUUCAGUGUUUCUGCUUAUGAUUCUAAAGUCUCUAAGGACACAUAGAACUCUUGUAUGUGCUCCAACCAACAGCUCUCGUACAAUUGGCUUCUCGUUUUGUUUGUCUACUUGAAGAGCACUGAAACCAGCUAUUUACUUGCGGACGUCAUUAUGUUUGGGAGUAAUAAGCAUAUGGACACUAAUAAUAACCUAUCAAAAAUUUUAUUGGACCAUCGAGCAAAGGAAAAACAUGCUAGGAACAAACUCUUGGAAAAUGCAAAAUUUGUAUUUUGCACACCUUGUGGUUCAUCUAGGCUCACAAAAAAUCAGCAAUACGACACCUUGGUUAUUGAUGAGGCAGCAUACAUAAAAGAAUGUGAGUCGCUGAUCCCUCUCGCAAUUCGUGGGAUAAAACAUGUGGUGCUUAUUGAGGAUGACAAGCAGCUACAACCAGUGGUUAAGAGCCCGAUUGCUGAAGAGGCUAAGUAUGGACGAAGCCUGUUUGAGAGAUUGAGUGAAAUUGGCCACCACAAGCUGUUACUCGAUGAGCAAUAUAGAAUGCACCCUCACAUCAGCAACUUUCCAAAUAAAACAUUUUAUAGUGGAAUGAUUAAAGAUCGCACUGAGGCUAGUGGAGUGCCCAACAUUUUUAUCGGUCAUAAUUUUGAUCAUUAUUCAUUCAUUAAUGUUAGAGAAGGUACAGAAAAACAAAUUGGUAUGAGUUUAGUAAAUGAGGCUGAAGCUGUUGUUGCAGAGACGAUCGUUGACAGACUUGCUAAAACAUGCACCUAUAAGGAGGAGAAAAUCAGUGUUGGUGUAGUAUCUCUAUAUGCAGCCCAAGUGAAUGAUUUGGAAGAAAGACUUGAUAGAUUUAAGGAACAUGAGUUUCUUUCUGUUAAAGUACAAACCGUUGAUUCAUGUCAAGGUGAUGAGAAGGACAUAAUAAUACUUUCAAUGGUUCGAUGCAAUCAUGGUGGGAACAUAGGCUUUCUCGAUCCUGAUAGGAGAGCUAAUGUGGCCUUGACAAGAGCAAGGAAACACCUUUGGAUCCUUGGACAUGAAACAACUCUCCAGAGAAGUAAUUCAAUAUGGUCUAAGGUAGUCCAAGAUGCAAAGGAACGCAAUUUGCUCUUUCAUGCUCACUUAGACAUGCAUCUUGCUGAAGCCAUUAGUCAUUUCAGAAAGUUUGCUAUAUAUGCACAGAGCACAGGUGACAUCCUGAUAGAGGCCACAAUCAAUGAAGCAGACAGACGAGUAGAUGCAACAAUAGAGGAAGAAAACAUUGGUUUCUUGCCUGGGGAUAUGCAAAGAAAUUCAGAUAUGGGUCAGGACCAAGUUUUCAGUCUAUCUCUUCCACAAUGCGACCAAUUUGCAGUUAACAGCCCAGUAGGGACCGCAAUAGAUGAAGUCAACGUUGAAUUCUCACCCAGUCAUGUUCAUUCAAGGAAGAGGCCCUGUCCUUUCUGUAAAGACCAACUUGCCGUACCAGAAGUUGCACAGGCAAUAGAAGCACAUGCAAUAGAAGCUACAGUAGAGGAUAAUGACGUGAUUAUAGAAGAGCUGACCCAACUAGCUGAGGGAUCAAAUGCAAUGAAGGACAAUAAAAGAGCAAAAAAGGCAAACCCCUACGAGCAGGCCAGAUCUGCAAGAGAUGGUCGUUUUUGGUCCACCGAGCAAGAGAAAUUUUACAAUAAUGUUUAUAAACAAAAGGAUUUUGCGGACAACAGAUGGAUCGAUUGGGAAAGCAUGAAGCAGUCCAAAGAGAUGCUUGAUGUUGAGAAAAAAAUGUAAGAACAUUAAUCUUCGUAAACUGAUGGGUAUAAGAAAUGAUUGGCAUGAAGAAACAGUCAAACAGUUCUUCUCAACAUUCUACAUAAAUCCAAGUAGGACCUCCCUGACAUGGAUGAGUGGCAUAAAUAAGAAGAUUACUGUCACUAAGCGAUUUUGUGAGAAAUUACUACUUGGUGAUCCCCAACAUAGUAGUAAGAUUGAGGAUAAGUUAACUCGCACACAAGAAGUCAUGCUCAACAAUUUUGAAAAGGAUGGGCUUUUUAGUGCAGCAGAUCGUCUGGUGAGAAAAACCAUCUACCCUAGGUCUGGAAGUAGAGAUAAGACUCACAAGGACAUUAGGGUCAUACUAUAUCAUAUUUUGACUGAGAAGCCUUUCGAUGUUGUAGACAUGAUGUUCAGGGAGAUGGAAAAAAUUCUCACCGAUCAUAGAAUUUUGAUUCCAUAUGCCCCAUACAUCAUGUUACUGAUUGACCAUGUAAAAAUUGUACCUGAAACUGAAAAGAACCGAAGUCACCAUGUGUACAACAUUGAGCUUCAGAAACGUGAAAAAAGAAAUGGAACGGGAAAAAAGCAUGGAAGAAGCAGAACAGCAAAGAAGGCAGCGGAAAAAAACUAGAAGUGGAGCCGAGCAACCAAUCUACCAAGUUACUCGUUCGAACAUUCAUAUCAGCUUGAUCUGGCUCGUGUGAAGGAGGUCACAGGAUGGGAGCGGGUGGGCCACGAGGUUGAGCUUCCUGCCUGGCCAGCCGGCGCCCGCCAGGGUGUGAGUGCCCAUUCUCUGCCUGACCAUUCCUAGGAAACCCUAGAUCCUAAACGCUAAAUCCGGCUAUUGACUUGAUCUCGAUGGGGGUGUGGAUGGGAUGGCGAAGGUAAAUGGAAGGGAUUUGGGUUUAGGGCGAAGGUUAUUUCUGACCAGAAAACAGAAUAUUUACAUUUGGGUAUGUUAAUAUUUCUGGGGGAGCACCAAAUAUUCCUCGCUGUAGAAUGGAAUAUUUACUGUUGGUUAAAUGUUGAAAGUAAUGAUACUCAGUCGCAAUGAACACUCGCUUAGCCCUCUGUUGUGGGCUUCCCCUGUUUGUCUUGUGAACCCUCGUCUGCGCGCUGCCCUCCCCCCGCCCUUGCAGAUUCCCUCGGCGGCAUGGAACAUAGCGCUGCGCUCCCGUCUUCCCUGUAGAUUCCCGGCCUCCACGCAGAUACUGUAGCAGCACCUCCCACCGAAUCAGCCAUCGGAUCCCUCCUGGUUCUCACAGAAACCGGCGGAUCCCUCGCCUGUGCGCCCCCUACGCUUCCGACUCCGCUGCCCGUCCGGGCCGCCGCCGCCGCCGAGACCGCCCCUCCGACUCCGCCGUCCAUAAGGGGUAUUUGUUGCAAUACUAGGAUUUGUCCGCAGACGAAUUUUCGAAUUCUCUGUGUUUUAUUUGGUGGUUCUGUUCAUAUUUCAUAUAUCUCACAAAACCCACGGUUAGUGAUGAAACCGAUUAAGAAGCUCGCAAAAUGGCUUUUAGGCUGCUUCAGCUGCCCAGGGUCAUCAUGUACGAUCGACGUGGCUUUUAGCAAGUCUGUCAACGAUCGUCUCUGCAACAACAGCUUCAGCCUCAUUUACUAAACUCAUACCAAUUUGUUUUUCUGUACCUUCUCUAACAUUAAUGAAUGAAUAAUGAUCAAAAUUAUGACCGAUAAAAAUAUUGGGCACUCCACUAGCCUCAGUGCGAUCUUUAAUCAUUCCACUAUAAAAUGUUUUAUUUGGAAAGUUACUGAUGUGAGGGUGCAUUCUAUAUUGCUCAUCGAGUAACAGCUUGUGGUGGCCAAUUUCACUCAAUCUCUCAAACAGGCUUCGUCCAUACUUAGCCUCUUCAGCAAUCUAGAAAUUUGGAAAUUAGCAGAAAGGAGAAAAAA